GAUGCCACAGAUUCCAAUAGAAAGUUAGCAAAGACCAUGAUAAAUUUAAUUAAGCAACAAUUUAUAAAAUUAAAAGUUAUAGAGCAAGAAUAUAUUACUCCGAAUUAUGAACAGUAUAAGCAAGUCGCUAAAUUAAAGCCGGACAUAUCAGAUUUAACAGCAGAUACCCCUUGUAAUACAGAGGCGGAAUGCAAAAAAUUAGAAAAUAUGAUGAACAUAUGCACGUACAUCAGAGGGGGGGCUGAUUUUGCCUAUGACAUUUUUUUAGUAACUACACAUGUAGUAACUACUAUGAUGGCUGUUAUGUGUGCAUGUAUUUUUAUCGGACCUGUACAUAUUUGUGCUCUAAAGAAUUUUCCGUAUACGUGUAAAUUACCCUACCCCAUUUUUUCCACGCUGUUCAUGGCAACAUCGGCAGUUUGGGAAGUGGUGAAAGCAGCCACUUCGUUGUGUAGGGUAUAUGGAGAUUUAUCUAUUAUGUCCAAAAUGGCAUGA